UAUGUAUGCCAAAAACAUAACAUCAAUACAGAUCAUGAAGUAAGAUUUUGAUCGUAGCCCUUCAACUUAUAAGUAGGUUGGGUGCCCUGACGAAAGCCAUACCCAAUGGCUUCAUCCUCCCACAAUCUUUCUCGCGAAGCUGGUCUUCCUGGUUCCUUCCGCUGGCAGGAUUUUACUUCCUCAGAAGAUCCUGAGAAUGUACAAGUACUUGAACAGGCUCAAUCAUCACGGUGGUCCCUCAGCACGGCCGGCACUCCCCUUGAAGGACUAUUUCCUUCGAAUCCCCGAUCUGUUUCCCGCUCAAAGCUGGUCGCAGCGAGUACUUCCAUGUCGGAUCUGCGCGCAAAGUCAUUAUACGAUGAAUCAGGCCGCAAGAAGGCGCUCUUGAACAAGUUUCGGAGACACGCCGACCCUCUUAUCAUACCUUCGGCGAAAAAACCUCAUCCUCUCACACUCACGGUCGGGAUGUACGGUGAAAGGGUCGGUACAAAGUACAUCGAAAGUUCGAUAUGUAUCACCCCAGAUAGCUCCAGCUCGACUACUAGUACUAGUCCCAUUGAAACUAGCAAAAGUUGGAAGAGGCGGAAAAAUUCCCUAGGGAAGAUCGUCACUUAUCCCACUAAAAUUCUAGGAAAGAUGUUGCCAAGACGAGGAGAUCACUCGAAGGAGAGUGGUGCACCUCCGCUUUUAGAAUCAUCGCCUACUAAGGAGCCACAACUGUCGUUGCGACGUGCAGAAACAGCGGUAAGGCGCCCUAAACGAUCGUCCGAGCUCCAAAGGCCGGAUGAACCUGUGAAACGCUGGUCAAUGGCCUCCACACAGGCAAUUAGAGCGGAGAGGUUCUCAUUUGAACACAGAAGCCGUCAGAAGGAUGCAAAAACACCUUCAGACGACAACGUCCAGAUACUACGAGAAAUAACACCCCCUCUUCCAGUGUUGGUGCGGUCUAUGACCCAGCCCGGCUUGCAGAGACGAGGCAAGGCAAUCCGAGCCGCGCCUAGCAACGCACCGAGACCGCCCUUUGAAAGGAGCAGGUCAGAGCGCCGCAAUCCUCAUUCAAGCCGUCCUACGUUCCCCAAUUUACGAGAGGAUCUUGCUAGCGAGUCGUUUUUAUCAUUCGCCGAAGAAAACAGCUCAGAGACAGUGGCAACUAUUGCCGAUCGGAUCGUGGCGAAAGAACUCGACCAACGCCAGCAUGAUAGCUGGGAUUUUUUGGAUUACUAUACUCAAUCUGGCGUACUGAAUGCAUCUUCGCCAGUCGAAUUCACUGCCUAGAGAUGAAGGAUGAAUUCCAUGACCCUCAUUUGUCGAUAAAGAGUGCCACAGCAAUGCCGAAGCGGAGCAUUAUUAGCUUCUCUUCUUCCACAUGCUCAUAGUCUUCAUAUUUUCUUUUGAUGCUGCCGAAAUGUAUCACUGAUAUAGGAAACUCAGGAAGCCUAGCAUAUAAGCACGCCGCUUUGUAAGUAAAGUAGGAAGAACGUUGAAGAACAACUCUCAUGAAUCUGGG